AUGGUUUGCGGUGGGAUGGACGGCGUUAUCAUCAACGGUGAUCUGAGCUCUGGAUUUGAUAAUCUGACCUGUGUGAGAUGCCACGAUGGUUUCGAUCUGAACGAGCAAAUUGUUAAUUCGUCCGGACAAGUCUGGCAUUCCGAUUGCUUCGUUUGUUCGCAAUGCUUGGAACCGUUCCCAGAUGGCAUAUAUUUUGAAUUCGAAGGCCGAAAAUAUUGCGAGCACGAUUUCCAUGUGCUAUACGCACCGUGCUGCAACAAAUGCAAUGAGUUCAUUGUGGGCCGUGUGAUCAAAGCGAUGAACGCUAAUUGGCAUCCGGAAUGCUUUCGCUGUGAGCUGUGCAAUAAAGAACUCGCCGAUAUUGGAUUCCUCAGGAACAGCGGAAGGUUAAUUUGUUCUGUAUUAAAUGAGUUCAUUGUGGGCCGUGUGAUCAAAGCGAUGAACGCUAAUUGGCAUCCGGAAUGCUUUCGCUGUGAGCUGUGCAAUAAAGAACUCGCCGAUAUUGGAUUCCUCAGGAACAGCGGAAGAGCUCUGUGCCGUGAAUGCAAUGAACUUGAGAAAGAAGCCGGCCGUGGCCAUUAUGUGUGUCACAAGUGUAAAGGUAUCAUCGAGGAAGGAGGCCACAUCAAGUAUCGAGGCGAUAGUUUUCAUCCAUAUCAUUUCAAGUGCAAACGUUGCGGGUAA